CCUCUCACUCUCACUCUCACUCUACCCCCACACCAUCUCUCUUUAAUCCUUCUUUUGUCUCUAUCCUCACAUCUCCACUAUUAUUAUAUCUCAUAACCCAUUUCAAUCUACACUAUUCACAACACUAUUCUUUCUCUUUCUAUCUAUAGGACCGUAUUCCUAUAAAAACUCUCGUUUGGGUCAAAAGGGUAGUAGGGAAAUGACAAGUUCGAGCUCAUUUUUGAGGCAGUUGAGUAGUGGGAAGAGUGAGGAUUGGAAAUCGACAUCCAAAAGGUGGGGUGGGAACAGCAAGUGUAGGAGUAGUGUAGGUGGUGGUGUCAAAACCAUGGGUUAUGGUGUUAGCCAGUGCGAAGGGGGUUUGUCCCAAAUGGAAGGUAUGAACAUGUAUGGUGGAUUUGGGACAGAAAAUGGUGGUGGGUUGGUUAUGAGGAAAAGAGUGAUGGUUGUGGUGGAUGAGUCUUCUCACUCGAAACAUGCCAUGAUUUGGGCACUCACUCAUGUGGCCAACAAGGGUGAUUUGCUCACUCUCCUUCAUAUAGUUCCUUCUUCCCAUAAGGUGGUUGUCUCCUCUGAAAGGGCUUCUUCUGACUCUUCAUCCUCUGCUUCUUCUGACUCUUCAUCCUCAACUUCUCCUUUUCUUGCCAACUCACUUGGGUCACUUUGCAAGGCUUGCAAACCUGAGGUUGAAGUGGAAGCUUUGGUGAUUCAAGGACCAAAGCUGGCUACAGUAAUGAACCAGGUGAAGAAGCUAGAGGUUUCUGUGCUAGUUUUGGGUCAGAAGAAAACCUCUCCAUUUUUCAGCUGCUUAUGUGGGAUGAACAGCAGGACUGAGGAGUUUGUGGAGCAGUGUAUCAACGGCGCAGAUUGCAUGACUAUAGGAGUGAGAAAGCAGAGCAGAGGAGUGAGUGGUUACCUAAUCAGUACCAGAUGGCAGAAGGAUUUUUGGCUCUUGGCUUAAGUUUAGUUACUUCAAGUCCUGCUAUUUAGUAUUAGCUCUAAUUUUAAUACUUUGUAACUACUAACUAAUGUCUUUCUUUCUCUCUGUAAUAACUUUGAUCUAAUCUAAAUUUAAAUAAAUUAAAAGUAUUAGUUCCAUUGCA